GCGCACUCGCCGGCUGAUAGACGUGUUGUUGCGUGUGGUGUUGCCGUGUUUGCCGCGAGGGGCUCGCCGACGCGAACGCCCAAUGCUAGCCGUCCAUCUCGCGGCCGUGAGGACCCUCAGUCGUGUCGUGUCGUGUCGUGUCGUGUCGUGUCGUGUCGUGUUCGGCUGGCCUCCAGUCGAGCCGCCGCGACACUCGCCCUCGCGAGCCGCGAAGGCGUGGCUGGCUGGCUGGUUGAGCGGCCGGCGGACCGAUUGGCUCGACGCGGCUGUCUGAACCAGACAAGGCGAGGCUGGCCCGGGAUCAUUGAUCGCGAGUGGGUGGCGGGCCAGCGUGCGGCUCGCCUGUCCCGAAAGCGGGUCAACUCACUCAACAGCCCGGCUCCGUGUGACCACUUGCAGGCGGAACCUGAGUGCAGUCCCGACGCAGGCGCGGACGCGGACGUGGACGUGGACGUGGACUUGUCGGCGUGUCUUGUCCGUCCAACCGCGCGCGAUCCCUCAAACGGUAGCGACGACUGUCGUCGCGGUUGCCGCUGCUACCGGACGCCGGACGAUCGGCCCGACGACGCCAACCACCUCGUCUAG